AUGGAUUCAUCGACUGUGAUAACCACAAAAAGUGGAAGAGUUGUGCAUCAACGCAUUGACCUGAGCAAUGAUUAUGAUCUCAGCUUAACAAAUAACAAUGAUGAAGAUAACGAAGACGAUGAUGACGAGGACUACACUGGCCAGGAGCAGAUUGAGCCCAAGCGCAAAAAGCGUCGCAAAACUUUUAGCAUUAGUUCGAUGGCUAAAACAGACGCUAUUAUCUAUCUGGAUUUAAGACAAUCUGUGGCCACUGUCAGUAGCGAGCCGACGUCUGAUCCUGCAGUCGAACACGAUAGUGAGCUAAGGACUCAUCUUGAAAAAUUUCUAGGUGUAAUUCCAGCUCGACGUGGACUCUACAAUCCUCUGGCCGACUGUGAGCUUCAGCAUAAUCACAUGGAUGAGGACGACAAUCUUCCGUGUAGUACUUUACACGCAAACAGGAGUAUACGACCAAUGACAUCUCUAACAGGCCAUGAAUUUAUGCAAUGGAUCAAUGCCAAGUGCUUUGAGAGAAAGACUCCUCAGCAUAUUAAGGAGCCCGUUGAUCUCAGUUGUUUACCAAGCGAGAGGCAACGUAUUUAUAACUGUCAACAACACAAGAGCAUACAUAACUUGUUUAAUAACGCUAAAGGGUAUUAUAGUUUUCUAGAUUCACUGAGAUCCGAGACGCCUCUCAACCGUUGUCAUCCACUUGCUCUUGAUUAUCGACAGCCCAACUUUAAAACAUCCAAACAAAAUUUAGCCAAGCUCUUGUUUAAUGCAUUCAAUCACCGAAUCUUCCAUUGUGGCUUGCGUGCUAGAAUUCUGUGGAUGAAUUCUAUGAACACAGCGAGCAGCAUUUUUAAUGGCUUUCAAAGAAAUGGUUGCCGAGUCUCGCACAUUAUUCUUUGGCAGCAUAUAAAACAACCUGAAGUAGUGGUGAAUUCACUGAUCCAUGAGAUGUGCCAUGCCGCCGCCUAUGUCUACCAUGGCGAGACAGGACAUGGCCAAAACUGCCGCAAGUGGGCCUAUCGGGCCAAGUCUUUGCUGCCAGAGUUGACGCAAAUUAAUGAUUGCAAUGCCAACUACAAGUACACUUGUCUUCUGUGUCGCGGUUGCUCCUUUGGCAUCACGACAUUCGAGAAUAAAGAGGAGCAGCUGCGAUGUCAUUACUGCCAGUUUGAGGUGAUUGUGGAGACUAAUUAUUUAUCCCUUCUGCUAACACCUUAUCAGCAAUUCGUACGCGACAAUUACACAAAGAGCAAGGAGAUCAGUCACAGCUCCAAGAUGCACGCACUCAACAUUCAGUACAAAGAGCAACUGAAACACAAGGACUCUAACUUAUAAAACACACAAUAGCCUUAUAAUUGUUAUCUAAUAUUUUUUUUAGAUAAUUAUUAU